UCUUUCCAAACUUUCUUUGCUUGCUGUCUUCUUGUUUUUCUCCCUCACUCUCACUCUUGCAGGGAGAAAAACCAGUCCACCACAUCAGUUUUUUUCUUCUGCAAGAACUCAUCAAAUAUGCACGACUAUGGAUGCUUAAAGGGCUGCGAUAGAGAAAACAAAAGCUUCAGCAGCGGACUCCAGCAGUCUCGGCUGCAAAUGGAGAAGAAUUCCGGCAACCUGAAAGACGGAAGUAAGGAGAACCCAGCGGCCUCCACGAUACCAGGGGAUUGGUCGAAUUUGGGUUUUGACCCUUUGGGGAUAAUUGCGCAUAGGCUUAAUUUUGCUUUAGAUUAUGUGAGAUUUGGUAUGGUAUGUCGGUCAUGGAGUAGGGUUGUUGUUGAAAAUGGACCCUCAUUUCUUCCAUGGCUGAUGCUAUCUCAGAAGCAUGACACAGAUUUUCGUGGGGUGUGUUAUCCAUUUGAAAAUAGGAGCUUCGUGAUAAGCGGUGGUUGGGUGGUCACUCUUGGCUCUGAUUUUGGAUUGGGCUUACUGAAUCCGUUAACGAGGGCACAACGGAUGCUUCCACCCCUGCCGAAUUUGAAGAACUUGGUUUGUAGUAGAAGGCAAUUUCGCAAUAGCUUUGUGAACAAAGUAGCCUUGUCAUCGAGCCCGGAUUUUGUAGUUCUGGCUAUCUAUUCUAACCGUGAGAAGAUGGCCAUACUAAAGGCGGGUAGUCAUACUUGGACUCCAUUGCCAUUGGAAUGCUGCCCUGGUGGUGUUGAAGAUGCGAUUUGUUUUGAUGGGAAAGUGUAUAUUGUAGGCUGUUCGGGGGAGAUGGUGAUUUGUGAUUGCCAAGGCUGCGUUUUGCAGGAAAUAAUUCUCCCGUCAUUGCAGGAAGUUUUCUUAGAGCACCAAGAGGACUUGGAUCCAGAUGAUGAGUUCUUUACUGCAUAUGUGGUUGAAAUAAAUGGGCAGAUAUAUGUUGUUUGCAGAGUCAAGUUGGAUAAAAGAAACAACCAAUUUGCAGCUUUCCAUCUAAGAACGAAGGGCUUUGAUGUUUACAAGCUGGAGCUGCAGGGCAACGGGGGAAAUGGGAGGAUGUAGAAUCGUUGGGCGACUGGUCAAUCUUUGUAGGCAACAACCACUCAUUCUCAAUAUGCUGCACCAACAAAUACCCGGAUUGCGAUAGUAAUUGCAUAUACUUCACGGAUGACCGCUCAGAUUUCCUGCACUCCUCUACAAGUUAUGAUAUUGGUGUUUACAAUCUCCAGACUCGGAAGAUACAAUGGCUUGCUCAGGAUGAUUUCUCGGUGUUUUCAUAUUCUGCACCAGUAUGGUUCAAGCCAAGUUUAUCCUAGGAUAGUCUUCAUUACCUAGCUCCUCUAUCAUUUUACCAUGUAGACACUAGACUGUAUAUUACUAUCUAGCCAAAAAUUAAGGUGGGUUUAGCUUAGCUAGGGGUUUGGGGAUUGGGUUAGUUGUUCGAAUUCACUAUGUUAGUUUUUAAGAAGAGAUCAGAUGGAUAUGAUAUUGCA